UUGUCGCGCUUUAGCAGAAGACUCGACGCUGUCAAGGUAACGCGCACGCUGGGGCACCGUCAUUCACGUCAGUCGUUGGCAGAAAAUAGCCGCCUGAGCGAUUCACGCAAUGUAACAAUACAGAGGGACGGCAAAAUACGGACCGAAAUCAGAGAGACGCCGCGCCAGCGCUUGAUAAACACAGCAGUAGUCAGUCAUGCCGCUGGUGAAGAGGAGUAUCGAGCCCAAGCAUUUGUGUCGAGGAGCUCUGCCUGAUGGAGUGCCCAGUGAGCUGGAGUGUGUCACCAACAGCACCCUGGCGGCCAUCAUCAAACAACUGGGCAGCCUGAGUCGUCACGCAGAGGACAUCUUUGGAGAGCUGUUUAAUGAAGCCAACCGUUUCUACAUGCGUAUGAAUAACCUGCAAGAGAGAGUGGACCUGCUGGCUAUCAAAGUGACCCAACUGGACUCCACCGUGGAAGAGGUCUCUCUGCAAGAUAUCAACAUGAGGAAGGCCUUCAAGAGCUCCACCAUUCAGGACCAACAGGUGGUUUCCAGAAACUCAAUCCCAAAUCCUGUCCUGGAGCUCUACCACCGUGGAGACAAACCUCCCCCUCUCAAUAUUCUCAGCCCUUACAGAGAUGAUAAGAAGGACGCACUGAAGUUCUACACAGACCCCUCCUACUUCUUUAACCUCUGGAGGGAGAAAAUGCUGCAAGCCACAGAGGACAAGAGAAAAGAAAAGAGGAGACAGAAGACCAGCGGCUCAGGCCAGACUCACUCUGACAAGUCCCACUCCAGGCAGGCCCUUCUCAGAAGCCCCCUCCUAUCCUCCGAGCAGCAGAAACAAGUGGAGGACCCCAGUCGUGAGGUGAAAAAGGUUCGUAAGGCUCGGAAUCGUAGGCAGGAGUGGAACGUAAUGGCGUAUGAUAAGGAGUUCCGCCCAGACACCCGCUUCACGCCUUCUCCGUACCAUGGCAUGUCCUCUGAGAGCUCACUUUCACCAGACAACAGGUCGGUUACCUCAGACAUGGGUGAGCACUCUUACCCAGGCAGCCCCAAUCACCCAGCUCAGCAGAUGGCCGUGGCCAGCGCCUACUCCGCUGCCAAUGGCAAAGAUCACCUCAUGGCACCCUCUCAUGUCCAGACCCAGUCCCUGGACCGUGUAUAUCGGCCGGCCACUUCCUCCUCCGCUCCACCUGCGAGACAGACCAUUGGCAGGGUUCAGACGUCCCAUGGACAACCAGUCACAGACCCUGCUCUCAACGGGCCACGUCCCCUGCAGGCUAAAGACUACAGUGGUCAGCAGUCUCAACAUCGAGAGUAUUUCGUACCUCCUGCUCCUCCUCCACCUCCUCCUAUCAUUCCUUCCGCCCAGACUGCCUUUGACAGUCCCACUGGCCCCUCCUCUGCCCCGGCCAGUGCUAUGCCAUCUCUUUCCCAGACCUACAACGUUUCUCCUCCAACCCCUGCCCUCCCUGCUUCCUACACCCCUUCCCCAACCCAUCAUCCUCCCGCAGCCCCCCCUCCACCUCCACCUGGGCUGCCCACACACCCCCACCCGCACCCUCACUCACACACCAUGCCCACUGUCCCUGCGGAAGCACCAGUUGUCCCCAGGAAGGGCCAGAUACCUCUCAUCCCAAUGAGCGACGCACGCAGCGACCUGCUGGCGGCCAUCAGACGAGGGAUCCAGCUGCGUAAGGUGCAGGAACAGCGGGAGCAGGAAGCGAAGAAGGAGCCAGUUGGGAACGAUGUGGCCACUAUAUUAUCCCGUCGCAUCGCCGUGGAGUACAGCGAAUCUGAUGAAGACUCUGAGCUGGAUGAAAAUGAGUGGUCAGACUGAGACAUUGAAAACAACAAUAGAGGAAUAAAAAAAAAAACCAUGAAAUAAGAAUUAGAGUGUAGGUUUCAGAGAACAGAAUAAUCACAACUAAUGUAGCAUGCCGAUGUCUGUCUGCACUAAAAUAACACGGCUCCUGUGUUUAAAAAAUAAGGGCUGCGUAACUACAAAGUCUCAAAGAGACCGAACCAGAAACUUUUGAAUUUUCGAUUGUACAUCUUAAACUGAAGCCUUGACAGUGAAGUUUAAUCAGAGUUUUGACCCCAACAAUGUCUAACGAACAAUGUGCGUUAGAGAUCAUUGGCCGGUUGCAUAAACUGCUUAGACUAGUCUUAAAAGUUAGACACCUGAUUUUUUUUCUGCAAGACUGGUCAUCAUUUUUAGAAGUCAGUUACAUAAACGCAUAGAUUGAUCUAAUUUGAAUCUGAAAAGUAAGACUGAUAACCACUUGGUUAACUAGUUCUUAAGACACAGUCUUAACAUGGUGACUAUGUUUAUGCAACUGGCCCCUGCUCAUCUACAAAGUGGGCUUGAGUCCACUGCCUUGACACUAUUCAUCAAUUACUCUGAAUGUGGGGGUCCUACCAUCUGUCCUCUCUACUGCACUCUUUCUCUCACUCUCACUAACUUUAGAACAUGACCAUAUUAGAACAGCCAGCUGGAUCAUGCAAUGUUCAUUUUAGUCCUACUCGCCCAGGACUACAACUUAAAGGUCAGACAAAAUAGUCGUAAAUGUAUUUGGGGCUAAUAUAUUAAGCAUUUACCUAAACAUUUUCAUGUCUAAGCCCAAAGAAACAGCUGCAUUUUGAUAUCUUGAAUGCAUGUUUGACCGAGUAUCAAGCAGAUAACAAACCAGUUGAAAUUACAAUUGCAAGUCAAAAAAACCAAUAUUAUUGAGCGAUUUGCUCCGAUAGAGCACAAAAACACACAGUAGAUGUUUAGUUAGAUUUUCGUUUGUUGAUUCAAAUUUAUAAAAAGUUACUCGUGUUUGCAUUCCAAGUAUCGCAGCUUAUUGAAUAGCAUGGAUGGACAAUCUGAAUCUGAAAACUGUAUCAAGGGCGUGUAAGAAAAAUUACAAUUCUGCUGGGAAUAUAACACAUUUUCUGACUCUAAAGGAUGGUGGGAGGCUUAGUGGUGAUGUUUUAUAUACUUUAUUGGUGACACUAUUUCCCCAAAUGUGAUUAAUUUAAAUAAUUGAACCCAUUUUGAUGGGUUGGAAUGAUUUUUAGGGCUUCAUUUGCUUUCUUGGCUUCAAGUAAAAAGAUACUAUAUUGGUGCAUUCUGAAUCCACCAAUACACAAUAACAAAUUGUGAUUGCUGCUACCUGUAGGGAAUUACUUGUAGUGCAACUGCAAAAGACAACAGAACUGGGCUCUUAUUCAUCUAUAGGCUCAUUAAACACAAUACUUUAAUACUCUGUUUUGAGGUUCAAGUGGUGCUGUGUUAGUAGUCAGAAUCUCUUUCUUUGUUUUGUUUUCCUCCUGGUCUUUUCAGGGAUGGAAGAAAAAAAAACUCCUAGUUAUCUGUGUCUUUUUAAAUGGAUACAGUGCGUGGCCGUCUGUUCCCUAAAGGAUCAAACCAUUCACUUGUCAGUCAUCGCACUAUAACCACAGUAGAUGUCACUGCAUUCUUACCAAGGCAACAAGCACAGCAUAAUUAAGCAGGCAACAAUGAAGACAGCUGUGCUCUUACCUGUUUGACCUGGUAAUGUGUACCCAUAAACACUAAUAGAAAUUAACAUUGUGCACUGUAAUUGAUGAACAGCUGGUUUGGGGUCUGUUUUUUUGUUUUUUUUUGCUAGUGUUUUUAAUUUUGAACCAUCUUGCUCUCUGAGGCAUUUGAAAUACUAUAUAUGCUAAUUUGUACAGAAUAAGAGCACUUACGUAUUUUAGCUUUUAUUUUCUAUUUAUUUAGUUAAAUGUGUCACUCACUGCACAAAUAGGGAGGCUUCGAGUUUAACCUCUCCCAACUUAACAGCUAUCAUGAGCUGUGUUUAGCCUGUGUUUUGUAUGUAAAGAAUUAAGUCCUUUAUGUUUUAAACAGUGUGAUGUAUAGAAGUUUGUUAAAAUGGCAGAACUUUGAAUUAUAUAGAUAAGAAACAGUAUGAAAAUCAGUGCAUCAAAAAAACAAAAACAAUAUACUGUAGGCAAAUGCUGCAUGCAUGUACGGAGUGCCAUUAAAGUGCUUCUUAAAAUAUUCCUCAGUGUGGUUUGUGGCAACAUUUAAUAUU